UAUGGCGGACAAACUCAUAAAGGAGAUGGGUUUACCCAAAUCAAUGGCCAACGUUUUCGCAGCGCGUAACAUCACCACCGCCCAGGAAGCCCUAGCCCUAACCGAUUUCGAGCUAAUGCUGUUGCUGGACGUGGGAAUGGCGGAAGUCUCCUCCGCUCUAGCCCGCAUUAGCGAAAUCGCAUGCCCUCCCUAUCAAACUGCAUUGGCUUUAAUGGAGCAGCGAAUUCAAAAGGAGGGCCACGGGGGUCAUCUUCCGACGGGUCUUAAAGGUUUAGACGAGGCAUUAUGCGGCGGAAUACCGUUCGGUGUUUUGACAGAGCUCGUUGGUCCUGCUGGGAUCGGCAAAACUCAAUUUUGUAUGAAGCUCUCGUUAUUGGCUUCGUUGCCGACAGCUUACGGAGGUUUAAAUGGCCGUGUCAUCUACAUUGAUGUCGAAUCCAAGUUUAGUUCAAGAAGGAUGAUAGAAAUUGGAGUCCAGAGCUUCCCUGACAUUUUUAACAUGAAAGGAAUGGCACAGGAGAUGGCUGGUAGGAUCCUAGUUUUGCGGCCAACUUCGCUUUCUAAAUUUACUGAGAGUUUGCAACAAAUCCAGGUUGCACUUCGUCAGCAACAGGUGAAGUUGGUAGUAAUUGACAGCAUGACUGCUGUUAUUUCAGGGGAUUACGGACAAGGAGCCUCAAGACAACACUUACUUGGUUGGCAUGUUUCUUUUAUCAAAUCACUCGCUGAAUUUUCACGAAUCCCUAUUGUAGUUACAAAUCAAGUGCGAUCUCAAACCCGUGAUGAAGGUUGCCAAUAUUCUUUUCAAGUGCGGAGCACGGAGGAUCCUGUAGGAUAUGAUUCUCAUCUUGUUGCUGCUUUGGGGAUUAAUUGGGCUCAUUCAGUGACAAUUCGUCUCGUGCUUGAAGCUAAAUCAGGUCAGAGGUUCAUCAAGUUGGCAAAGUCUCCAAUGUCACCACCUUUGGCUUUCCCUUUUAACAUAACGGCAGCUGGAAUUUCGUUGCUAGAUGAUUAUGGAAGAGAACUCAAGGGGGCAGAGAUAAACAAAAUUCACUCCCAUGGCCACAGUGACGUCAUUAAUUUUGACGGGAAAGGUUGCAGCGAUCAAUGGGGGAAGCCAACAUAGCUCAAGUUGCAAGCAUUUUAUAAGAACUUCCUUUUGUUGGGCGUGUGGCUUUAAUUAAGCCCAUGAAGUUUGUCUUUUGUUUGGGCCCAAGGCCUAUAUCUCUGUUUGACUCAUAUUCGUUGUCGGCUAGAU